AUGAAAAGGUUCAGCAAUCUCAGUUUAAGAAAACCUGAAAACACCAGUCUAGCCAGGGCAACAGGAUUUAAGGAAACCAACGUGAAACAAUUUUUCGAUAAUCUGCAGGUUGUAUUAGAAAAAUAUAAAAUAACACCAGAAAAUGUCUAUAAUCUUGACGAAACAGGGGUCACCACAGUCCUUCAGGCACCACCAAAAGUUAUUGCUAUGACGGGAACUAAGCAGGUGGGGCAAGUAAUUUCAGCCGAGAGAGGAGAAUUGGUAGCCUUUUGUGUUAUCAUUAAUGCCGUCGGAAAUACAGUACCACUGGUGUAUGUCUUUCCAAGGGCUAAAAACAAGCCGGUAUUUAUGAAAAGUGCGCCUAAUGGUAGCCUAGGAUUAUCCAACAAGUCAGGAUCCGGUUGGAUGACGGCAUCUUUAUUUUUAGAAGUGGUGAAACACAUUCAAAAAUUUACAAAAUGUUCCAAAGAAAAUCGCAUCCUCAUAUUACUAGAUAAUCACGAAUCGCACACCAGUUUGGAGACAAUAGUUUUUUGUAGGGACAAUGGUAUAAUCUUUGUAACAUUUCCACCCCAUUGUACACAUCGUCUCCAACCUCUCGAUGUGUGUCUAUAUGGACCCUUUAAAAGUUACUUGAAAUCUGUUUUUAACGAUUGGCUUAUUUCCCAUCCCGGCAAACGGGUGUCCAUUUACGAAAUCGCAGAAUUAACCGGUCAAGCCUAUUAUAAAGCAUUUACUUUGGAUAAUAUUUGCUCUGGAUUUAGAAAAUGUGGCAUAGUGCCAUAUAACAGAAAUAUUUUUUCGGGAGAUGAUUUUGCGGCUGCAUAUGUUACUGACAACGCAUCCUUAACAGUUCAAGAAGUUCGUGCAAAUACACCCCAUCAAGAAAUGGAAAGAAACAAUACGAAGACAGCACUUCAGCACAAGUUUUUAGCUCGGCUUCAACGAAUACGCCGUCAACAAGCAGCCCCUCUAGCUUGA